AAAAACCUACAUUCUCGUUUCUCAGUAUUUCUUAGCGAAUACAUGCUUUCGUUAAUGAAGUAACAACUCAUGUUUGCUAUGAAAAUGUAGACGUUACACACGCUGCUAGCUCGUUAGCACGCAAGCUAGCAGAGUCCCGUGUUGUUAAACGUGACUUGGAGAUUCAAAAUGUCGAGAUAACAUUUUUUUUUAAGUUUUGGCUUUUUCUACGUUUUCGUGGUUGUUUGAAGGCAAACAGGUGCAAUAAUACGAACACAUUGGUAGACAUUGUUUGAAGUUGGAACGCUUACUGGACAACAAUAAUAUCCGCUAUUUCCGGUGUGGUCACGUGACAGACCAUUGCAGCCAUAGACAUAAGGGUACGCAGCAUGGAGCGCUACUGCCUACUGGCGCUGACGAGACGCGGGGCCGCCAUCUUGGAGUGCCAGCAUGCAGCUGGAGCCCACAAGGACCUCGUCCGUCUUCUUGCUGUGUGAAGGAGCAGCCUGCAGCCUGUGCUCUCACAACUUUGCUGAACGUCUGCCCACGGAGAUGAGCGUGAAGAUCUUUGAGGAGCUGGACGCAGAGAGCCUGUGCAGCGCCUCCAGCACCUGCAGGCUGUGGCACCACAUCAUCCAGGACAGCCAGCAGCUGUGGAGGAGACAAUGUCUCCUGCUGAGAGCCGUCUGUCACAGGGAGGUGGACAGCGACCGCAGGGACGGACUCCCCUGGAAGGUGGCGCUAGUGCGGAACUACACGCUCGGCUGUCUGAAGAGAGACUGGCUGAGCGGUCGCUAUAGCAACGUCACGUCAGCUGACGAGCUCAGACACAGCAAGAUGGUCCCGCUGGACGCCGAGACCUGGGGGGAGAUCUUGGAGGCCGAACUGGACCGAUGACAUCCUUAUCUAAUUUAUACCUUUUUAUUCACGUUUGUACAUACACACAUUUAUAUAUGCUUUUUUUUUUUUACACUUUUUUUCUCAAGAAGGUAAGAGAAUUAAUGUUAUUUUACCCUCAAAACAGUGAUACAUAAUAUUUGUAAGAAUCACAGUAACAUGUUGAUUUAUCACCAAUGGAUGUCAUGGAACUGUUUCAUGUUGCAUGUCAUUGGCUGUAGUCUGUGAAUGCCAAGUGAUGCAAUAAAUCACCAGCUGUUUCUUUGACAUCAUAACACUCAUCCAACCUCUUUCUGAUAAAAAUGCGUGUCAAGCUCAUGUAUGUCCAAGUACUGAGCUUUUAUUGUGAAGUCUGCAGCCAGAAGUAGCACUACUGAGCUCUUAUUGUGAAGUCUGCAGC